UUUUUUUUUUGAACAAACAAUAGGAACUCCGAACUCAUCUGUUCUUACUUGUGAACAAAGAACCUCUCUCCUCACUCUCUUUCCUUUUUCUUGAUUAAUUUUUAUGUUACUCUACAAAUAGAGAAAUUAACUGUUAAUGAAUACAAAAUUCAAUUAGUAUAUAAAAAAUCUUUUUAAAAAAUAAUUUUGGCAUAACUGAAUGAAAUAUGUUAAGUUUUGAUUAUAUGAAUGAAUGAGAAUAGUGUUAGGGGAAGCGACGGACUAACCUCAUCGUACUAGUCAUUUAUUUUGUCAUUGAUGUUUUGGUUCAAUUAUAGUGGAGAGGAAAAUUUUGGAACUUGUUUUUCUUUUUUUCCAUUUGGCCACCACCACUCAUAAAGUCUUGUUUGCAGCAUCGUGGCCACAGAAAAAUAAGAAAAAAGAAGAAACGUUUUUGUGCGCUUUCAGAAGUAGAAUUUGUCAUGUAACGCCAUAAUUCCAAUUCCUUGUCUCUUUUUUUCUUUCUCAAUGUCCAUUAUUUUAACACAAAGCCAAAAACCUUUCUCGAUAUCUUCACCCUCUAAUCGCCUUUUAUAAAGUUGAUCACUUUCACAGUUUCACUCCUCAAAGUUCCCAAACACAGAGCAAAAAAAAAAUGAAGAACCAAAUGCUCUGUUUCUCCACUCUGUUCAUAGCUGUCUUCUUCACCUCUCAGUCCACCACCACUGCUUACAAUUUCAAAUUCAAUUCUUUUGGUGGUAAUGGCACCGGUCUAAUAUCAUUCCAUGGAGACGCUGAGUAUGGUCCGAACAGCUCUGGAGCCAUCACAUUGACACGAGAUAACCUCCCUUUCUCACACGGCCGAGCUAUUCACAUCAGUCCAGUCACUUUCAAGCCUAACGCUACGUCUCUUUACCCUUUCAAAACCUCUUUCACUUUCUCCAUUACUCCUCAAUCAAACCCUAGUCCAGGUCACGGCCUCGCCUUCAUCGUCGUACCCGCUAACCAACACGACGGUUCUGGUUUAGGCUACCUCAGUCUUGUGAACCGAACCAGCAACGGUAAUCCUAAUAACCACCUCUUUGCUGUCGAGUUUGAUGUCUUUCAGGACAAGAACCUUGGUGACAUGAACGAUAACCAUGUCGGAAUCGACAUUAACUCGGUUGAGUCGGUGGUUUCGGUCAAAUCCGGUUAUUGGGUUAUGACAAGAAACGGUUGGUUGUUUAAGGACUUGAAGCUGAGUAGUGGAGAUAGGUACAGGGCUUGGAUUGAGUACAACAACAAUUACAAAGUCAUCUCCGUUACCAUUGGUUUGGCGCAUUUGAAGAAACCGAACCGGCCUUUGAUCGAAGCAAAAUUCGACCUUUCCAAUGUGGUUCACGAGGUAAUGUAUAUCGGUUUCGCCGGUUCGAUGGGACAUGGUGUCCAGCGUCACGAGAUUUGGGACUGGGCUUUCCAGAACUGAAGAAAAAACCCGGUUCGAUUUGGUUCGAGAUCAUCGGUUUUCUUUUGGUUUAUUUCUGGUUUACUAUCUGUCGUGACUUUAGCUUGCGAUAGUUGAAGUGAAAUAAAUGCUCAAUUUUAUGGCUUUACCGACAUUGUCAUGAAUUACCGUUGUCAGGUUACUAAAAAAAAAUCAACGACGUUUAAUUCCUGAUUUA